UUAGUCGUUGGUGCGUUUUCAAGUCGGUUUGACGUUGAAGAUCCUCCUUUUUUUUGGAAUUAAGAGUGUCUUUCGGGAUAAAUUAUUUGUAGGUACGUCUCCUGGUCUUGUUUUUCGCCGUUGUUGUUCUUCAAUUGUCUUCAUGUGCGGUUAAAAAUAGUAGUUACGCAAAAAUAAUUUAUUAACAUCAGCAAAAAACCAGCUGGAUAAAUUAUAUCUCUCUUGGAUAACUUUUUUUUGGAUAAAAUUACACACAAAUACCUCAUUUUUAUCGUUGUCGAUUGUUGUCAACUCUUUCAACACUUUCCUUCUUAGCAAAUAUGGAAAAAGAAAUUGAAGUCGAAGCUGCCAUUGCUGGUGGUGAUGAACCAUUCCUUGGAUUACUAGACAUUAUUCUGCUGGCAGUUUUAAUGGCUGGUGGUGCUUGGUAUUUCAUGAAAAACAAAAAGAAGGAACCAGAACCAAUUCACACAUAUUCCAUACAACCAACAACAGUCACAACAGCAGUUGCAUCUGAAAAUUCAUUUAUUAAAAAAUUAAAAGCUUCUGGUCGUAGUUUAGUUGUAUUCUAUGGCUCACAGACUGGUACUGCUGAGGAGUUUGCUGGUCGUUUGGCCAAAGAGGGUAUUCGUUAUAAAAUGAAGGGUAUGGUUGCUGAUCCUGAAGAAUGUGAUAUGGAAGAACUUUUAAAAAUGAAAGACAUUCCAAAUUCAUUGGCUGUCUUUUGUUUGGCAACAUACGGCGAGGGAGAUCCCACAGAUAACGCUAUGGAAUUCCAUGAUUGGAUUCAAGGCGGCGAUGCUGAUAUGACUGGUCUUAAUUAUGCAGUAUUCGGUUUGGGUAACAAAACCUAUGAGCAUUACAACAAAGUUGCCAUUUAUGUGGACAAGAGGCUUGAGGAACUCGGUGCUACACGAGUCUUUGAAUUGGGACUUGGUGAUGAUGAUGCAAACAUUGAAGAUGACUUCAUUACAUGGAAAGAUCGUUUCUGGCCAGCUGUCUGCGAUUUCUAUGGAAUCGAAGGUGGUGGCGAAGAAGUCUUGACCCGUCAAUACAGGCUGCUGGAACAGCCUGAGGUCCAACCAGACCGCAUUUACACUGGAGAAAUUGCCCGCUUACAUUCAAUCAAAAACCAACGACCUCCUUUCGAUGCCAAGAAUCCCUUCCUGGCAACCAUCAAAGUCAACCGUGAACUACACAAAGCCGGAGGACGUUCCUGCAUGCACAUCGAAUUGGACAUUGAAGGCUCGAAAAUGCGUUAUGACGCUGGAGACCAUGUCGCCAUGUAUCCAGUUAAUAACAAAGAACUAGUCGACAAACUAGGAGAACUUUGCUCUGCCGAUUUGGAUACUGUCUUCUCGCUGAUUAACACAGACACAGAUAGCAGCAAGAAACAUCCGUUCCCAUGUCCGACAACUUACAGAACUGCCUUGACACAUUAUUUAGAGAUUACUGCCAUUCCCAGAACACAUAUUCUAAAUGAAUUGGCAGAAUACUGUACAGAUGAGCAAGACAAAGAGCUGCUUAGGAGCAUGGCUUCGAUUACACCCGAAGGCAAAGCCAAGUAUCAAUCUUGGAUUCAGGACGCGUGUAGAAAUAUUGUUCACAUUUUGGAGGAUAUCAAAUCGUGUAAACCGCCAAUUGAUCAUGUCUGUGAAUUGCUCCCAAGAUUACAGCCACGUUUCUAUUCGAUUUCAUCAUCUGCCAAGCUUCAUCCAACAACUGUUCAUGUGACAGCUGUUCUUGUGCAAUACAAGACAACCACAGGUCGUGUUAACAAAGGUGUUGCCACAAGUUACUUGAAGGAGAAACUUCCAAUUGGUGCUGAAUUGCCAAAAGUACCUGUGUUCAUUAGGAAGAGCCAGUUCCGUUUGCCAACCAAACCAGAGACACCAAUUAUUAUGGUUGGUCCUGGCACUGGGUUGGCACCAUUCAGAGGUUUCAUUCAAGAAAGACAGUUCCUUCGCAACGAGGGCAAAGUUGUUGGUGAUACUAUUUUAUACUUUGGAUGUCGUAAGAGGAGUGAAGAUUAUAUUUAUGAAGAGGAAAUGGAAGAAUAUGUUAAAAAUGGCACAAUAACACUUAAAGCAGCAUUCUCACGAGAUCAAGCGGAGAAAAUUUACGUUUCACAUUUGUUGGAAAAAGAUUCUGAUUUAAUAUGGAAUGUGAUAGGUGAAAAUAAGGGACACUUUUAUAUUUGCGGUGAUGCUAAAAAUAUGGCAGUAGAUGUGCGAAAUAUUUUGACAAAUGUCAUUGCAACCAAAGGCAACAUGUCCGAAAUAGACGCUGCACAAUAUCUGAAGAAGAUGGAAGCGCAAAAGAGGUAUUCAGCCGAUGUAUGGAGUUAAAGUCAAGGACUCUCGAUCCCAUCCUCUGCUGCUGCUGAGAGUAGUAGUAGUAGCAUACUUGUUUUGUUCUCAUCAAUUUCCUUAAAACACCUAUCUUCAUUAAGACUUCUUCUUCAUAUCUAUAAAUGUCAGUCAAAUAGAAAAUAUUUAAAAUUCAAGUCCAAAUUUUAAAAAGGUUGCUAUCUAAAUUUUAUAAAUUAAUUAAUUAAUUAAUUGAAGUCAAAAGUUACAAAAUAAUGUAUUUCCGAAUUUCGGAGAUUUUUUCCUACAUUUUUUUUUUGGUUUAGUAAAAUCAAACGAAAAAAAACAACACGCGUCUCUAGAAAAUUAUUAUUGUAUUUUUAUAUUUUUAAUUACAAUUUACAAUUAAGUUGCUCUUUGGGUAGGUUGUUUAUUCUUUCUAUUCGCAUAAGUUCAUCGUUUACAUUAAUAAUAAUAAAGUGCAAUUUUAUUUUGUUAAAUAUUUUAUUAUAAAAUUUUGGUUUUAAAUUUUGUAGAAGACACUUUCUUUGUGUUUGAGAAAGGAAUAGGAACACACCCGGUAUGGCUAUAAGGUCUUGUUAAUUUAAAAAAUAAUAAAUGUAAUAAAUAAAUCUUAAUUUAAGUUAUAUUUAAAAAAAAAAAAACAA